GGAUUGAUGCGGAGUUGGAGUCCAGAAACAGCACGUAAAUGAGCCGUCUUCUUCAGCCGCAUAUAAAUUCAGAGGUAUCGCAUCUGAGUAAGCGUUGUUUGAGCAUGAGGUGCUGCCCUAAAAGAUUCGCUCUUUUAUAAUCCUCCCUCUUCUCACUUCGUCGGAAUAUUUUACCAAACCCUAAGUCUGAUUUUUUGAUAAAUAGAUUGACCGGAAAAGCUACUCCGGUGAUCUGAGGUAUUUAAUUGAGGGGGAAUUUAAGUACGCAGAAAUGGAAGGCGGCUGCUGCACGACUUCGCCGGCGUCUUCGUCCGGCGGGGAGAUGUCGAAGAGGAAGCCGAGGCAGCAUCAGCCGGAUAAGCCGUAUAGAGGUAUACGUAUGAGGAAGUGGGGGAAGUGGGUAGCCGAGAUAAGGGAGCCGAACAAGCGGUCCAGGAUAUGGCUCGGCUCGUACUCGUCGCCCGUCGCGGCGGCGCGUGCCUACGACACGGCGUUGUUCUAUCUCCGCGGCCGCUCGGCGCGGCUGAACUUCCCGGAGUGCAUCGUCGACGACGUCGUCGACUCGGCGCACGACUUGUCCGCCGCCGCCAUCCGGAAGAGAGCCACCGAAGUCGGAGCUAGAGUCGACGCGCUGCAAAGCGCCGGUAGCCACGCUCUGCUAGCCGGAUCCAACGUGGGUCGGGCCCCCGGAAAGCCCGAUUUGAAUGAGUACCCGAGCCCGGAGACUUCCGAGGAUAGUUGAAUUGAUUUCUUGAUUUUCGGUUUGUUUUAAUUAUCGUAACUCUUUUUUUUUUUGGGUUUUUUUUUUUAAUGUCUUUAGGUCCUCUCAAAAAAAAAAAUAUUACAGAGAAAUUUCUCUCUUUAAAAUUGUUGGUGUCUGAAUUAAUCCCAAAAGGGAUUAUUUGUUUCAUACUUUGGUUUUGAUCCAAUUAUAAUUGUAAAAAUCUUGAAUGAUUGACAAACAAAUA